UAAAUAUGAAUUCAUCACAUAGAAUAAAUUUGCCGCAAUUUACAUUUGUAAUGAAGAAUUUGCACAUUUAAAAAAUGUUUCUUUGUAAUUUAUAUUUAAAACGUCUAUACCCUAAUGUUCAUUAUUUGACUAAAUUUUUGUUGUUAUUGUAAUAACUCAUUUUUAAAUUAUAAUUGAUUCAAUGUUUUCAUUGUGAUUGUUGAUACCAUAGUCUUAACAAAGACCUCAAUGUUUUAAUUAAAAGAGUCCUUUGAGGCUAAGAUGACUGCCUGUUCCAUAUGCUGGCCUUGGGUUUCCUUUCCAUGAGUGGCUCUAAGACCUAAGACCAUUGACCUUUGGCUGACCUUAAGGAAGCCAUGUGACGACUGCUACUCUUGCCAUUAGACCUGGGUGGUGAGGACCCCAAGGGUUAGAGGCAGAUGUGAUAAAACUGAAAAUAGGUGCCUGAAAUCUUUUUCAUGUCAAAUAUUCUGAAAACCAUAUUUCACCGUGGUUAUGGUUAUAGAAGAUCUGGAAGAGACAGAUAUGGACCUCCAACUCGUACAGAAUAUAGACUUAUUGUGGAAAAUUUAUCUAGUCGUUGCAGCUGGCAAGACUUGAAGGAUUAUAUGCGUCAAGCAGGUGAAGUAACAUAUGCAGAUGCACAUAAAGGAAGAAAGAAUGAAGGUGUCAUUGAAUUUAAGUCUUACUCUGAUAUGAAAAGAGCUCUUGACAAACUGGAUGGGACCGAGGUUAAUGGCAGGAGAAUCAGCUUGGUUGAAGAUAGGCCAUCGUCACGACGAAGACGCUCUUACUCCAGGAGCCGUAGCCGCUCAAGGUCUCGUUCUCAAAGCAGAAAUCGUUCACACUCUCAUAACAAGAGUCGAAGCCACAGCGGAAGCAGUAAAAGUAGCAGAUCCCGAUCACGCUCUUGGUACGUCACUCUCGGAGCAAAAGCGAAGCAGAAGCAAAAGUCGCGAAGUGUGAGCAAGAACAAAUCCAAGAGCAGGAGCAGAAGUAAAGAGAAGAAAAUCAGAGCAAGUAGUAGGAGUGGAAGUGAGGAGAAGAGUAAGAGCAGGAGCCGGAGUGCAGAACAGGUUAAAGUCAACGAUGCAACAGAGAAAACUGAGACCAGAAAUGAAAAUGGGGAGAAGGAGAGGAGUGUUAGUAAAGAAAAGAGUAGAAGUCUGAGUAAGAGUAAAGAUGGAGAAAAAACUGGCAGCAGAAGUAGAAGCAAAGAGAAGGGUAAAAGUAGGAGCAGGAGUAAAGACAAGAGUAAGAGCAGAAGUCGCAGCAAGAGCAGGGAGAAGAGAAAGGGAAGGAAAAGGAGCAGAAGUGAGAGUAGAAGCCGGAGCAGGAGUCGGAGUAAAAAUGAGAAGAACAAGAGACGUAGCAAACGUGAAAGCAAGACCAAGCGUAAUAGUAAGAGCAGGAAAACAAAAGGUGACAAAGAACAAUCUAGAUCUAGGUCGAGAUCAGAAUCAAAGGAAAAGGAGGAAGAGACCAGAAAACCAAGUGUUGAAAAGGAAACUAAGGGUGAAGGUGAAGAAGUGGAUGGGGAUUUGGACAUUAAUGAACAGACAAAGCCAAGACUUGCAUCUCGUUCUAGGUCAAGGUCAAGGUCCAGAUCAAAGGGCAGAUCUAAAUCUCGUUCCAGGUCUAAAUCGAUUUCCAAAACCGAAGCACGUUCAAAGUCCUGUUCGCCUGCUCGCUCUGCGUCAAGAUCAGUGUCACGCUCUAGGUCCCGGUCACGCUCAAAAUCUUAAAUUUCCACUCUAUUCAUUUUCUAUGAAAACAUUAACGGAUCUUUUUUCAGGCAGGUCUGUCGUCUGCUCUACCACAAAUAAUACAAACCAUAGGCACUGAUUACGCUGUACAUUUUUCAAAAUAGACAAAAUGUAUUUAGUGCUAAAUUAAGAUUUUAUGGAGGGCCUGUACUGUCAGAAGGAUUCUUAGGUAGGUAUACUGUGUGCAGAGCAAAGAUGCCCACCACUGCUGGUGUUGUUGGAUAUGUACAAUGAAGUCUUAAGUUACAUUCAUUUGUAUUGAUCAUUUAAAUAAUACAUUUCUGAUGUUGUGGACUUCCUAGCCAAAACAUAGCAGAUUGUAAAGUCUUGCCAAUACAGUGUAAUCAAAAUGUAGAGAUUUGCUCCCUCCCUCUGUUGUGAGGGAUAGCUCUUGCCUGUUUUUUUUUUCCAGCAGGAUAAUAUGCUUUUUUUUGUUUGGUUCAAUAAAGUGCAAAUAAAUGUCU